CCGGGGGGAGGCUGCAUUCCCGGAGAGGUCUCCAGCCCUAUGGAGCUGCACCGCCGCCGUCUGUGGUGGGGGUCGCGCCUUAACGGAGAGGGGCUUCGAAAUGGCGGUCGCCGUUUGCCGUGAUGGCUGGCGCUCAGAGUGAGGCAGGGGCUGUCACCUCUCUGAGGGGGUCGGCGCUGGCACGGCUCGUCCCUACCGCCGGGAGCUCGUCUUUUUCCCGGGACGCAGAGAAGUCUGCUGUCGGCCCCGGGGAGGGGAGGGAUGGCGACCGCUGCCCCCCUCCCCCGACAGUCCGCGGCGCUGAGGAAAGCAAUACUCAAACAGGGGGAAAAAAACCAUCUCCAUGAUUAAAUGAUUAAAAAUGGCAGAAGAUGCUACAAGGCAAGAAGUAAGUAGGCGUGACACGGGAUUCAGGCACGCCAGGACAAAGCCAUGAAUAACUGAAGAAAAACACCUAGGUGAAUUCUAGUUGUCUAAUCCAAGGAAAUACAAGAGAGGAGGAAGGGAGAUGCAAGGAGAGCCUAUGGAUCAGCAAGAGAAAAGGAGAAGGGGGAAAAAAGCCUCGUACAAACCCUGAGUGUAACUGGCCAGGUUUAUUGCUCAGACAGACAGUACCUUUGGCUGAGUCCAGCAUAUGGCCAACAGGAGCUAUGUCAGCAGCUGAGAACACAGCAAGUCCUGAAGCAAACUGGAUUAGGACGCCAUUGUAUGGAUUGUUUCAAUAUAAUUCCAGCAUGAUUGGACUAGAAUCAUUAGCCGAUCCCUCAGAUACCUGGGAAAUUAUAGAGACUAUUGGGAAAGGCACUUACGGUAAAGUCUAUAAGGUUGCCAAUAAGAAAGAUGGCAGCCUGGCAGCAGUAAAGAUUCUGGAUCCUAUCAGUGAUGUAGAUGAAGAAAUUGAAGCAGAAUAUAAUAUUUUGCAGUUUCUUCCCAAUCAUCCUAAUGUUGUUAGGUUUUAUGGGAUGUUUUACAAAGCAGAUCAAUAUGUGGGAGGACAGCUCUGGCUAGUACUUGAGCUGUGCAAUGGAGGUUCUGUCACAGAGCUUGUCAAAGGCCUGCUGAAGUGUGGCCAACGGCUGGAUGAAGCUAUAAUCUCAUACAUCUUGUAUGGUGCUCUCUUGGGCCUUCAGCAUUUACACAAUAACCGGAUCAUUCAUCGUGAUGUGAAAGGGAACAACAUUCUCCUGACAACAGAAGGUGGAGUCAAGCUCGUUGACUUUGGUGUUUCAGCCCAGCUCACCAGCACACGGCUGCGUAGAAACACCUCAGUGGGAACACCCUUUUGGAUGGCACCUGAGGUCAUUGCUUGUGAACAACAGUAUGACUACUCAUAUGAUGCUCGAUGUGAUGUAUGGUCCUUGGGAAUAACAGCUAUUGAACUGGGGGAUGGAGACCCUCCUUUAUUUGACAUGCAUCCGGUGAAAACCCUUUUUAAGAUUCCAAGAAAUCCUCCUCCUACUUUGCUACAUCCUGAAAAAUGGUGCAGAGGAUUCAACCAUUUCAUUUCACAGUGUCUUAUCAAGGAUUUUGAGAAGCGUCCUUCAGUCACCCACCUUUUGGAGCAUCCGUUUAUUAAACAAGUACAUGGUAAAGAUAUGUCUCUGCAAAAACAGCUGUCUGAGCUCAUCCAAGAACAACAGCAUCUAGGCUCUGUAGCCAAAACAAGGCAUGAACGAAUACAUACUAGAAGACCUUACCAUGUGGAUGGAGCUGACAAGUACUCUCUAGAUGACGAUCUGGUAAAUCUAGAAGUUCUCGAUGAGGAUACAAUUAUCCAUCAGCUGCAGAAACGCUAUGCUGACUUACAGAUUUAUACUUAUGUUGGAGACAUUUUAAUAGCCUUAAACCCCUUCCAGAAUCUCAGCAUUUAUUCUCCCCAGUUUUCCAAGCUUUACCAUGGUGUGAAGCGUUCAUCAAAUCCUCCCCACAUAUUUGCUUCUGCAGAUGCUGCCUACCAAAGUAUGGUUACAUUCAGCAAAGAUCAGUGCAUUAUCAUCAGUGGGGAAAGUGGCGCUGGAAAGACAGAAAGUGCCCAUCUGAUCGUCCAACAUUUGACCUUCUUGGGAAAGGCCAAUAACCGUGCUUUGCGUGAGAAAAUUCUUCAGGUGAAUCCUCUGGUUGAAGCAUUUGGCAACGCCUGCACUGCCAUCAACGACAACUCAAGUCGCUUUGGAAAAUAUCUGGAAAUGAUGUUUACACCCACAGGAGCUGUAAUGGGGGCAAAGAUUUCUGAAUAUCUACUUGAAAAAUCAAGGGUCAUAAAACAGGCUGUGGGAGAGAAAAAUUUCCAUAUAUUUUAUUAUAUUUAUGCGGGCCUUUAUCAUCAGAAGAAACUUUCUGAAUAUAGACUUCCUGAUAAAAAGCCUCCUAGAUAUAUUGAUAAUGAAACUGGAAGAGUAAUGCAUGAUAUUGUUACUAAAGAUUCCUAUGGAAGACAGUUUGAAGCGAUUCAGCAUUGCUUUAGGAUUAUAGGAUUCACUGAUGAGGAAGUGUACUCAGUGUACAGAAUUCUGACUGGAAUCUUAAAUACUGGAAAUAUUGAGUUUGCUGCCAUUUCUUCACAACACCAAACAGACAAAAGUGAGGUUCCCAACCCAGAAGCCUUAGAUAAUGCUGCUGCAUUACUAAGUAUUGGGUCAGAAGAACUUCAAGAGGCCCUAACCUCCCACUGUGUUGUGACUCGAGGGGAGACCAUUAUCCGAACAAACACCGUGGACAAAGCAGCUGACGUGCGAGAUGCAAUGUCUAAAGCACUUUAUGGACGGCUCUUCAGCUGGAUUGUAAAUCGUAUUAAUACGCUACUUCAGCCAGAUAAAAAUAUAUGCAAUGCUGAAAAUGGGAUGAAUGUUGGCAUACUAGACAUAUUCGGAUUUGAGAACUUCGCAAGAAAUUCCUUUGAACAGCUGUGCAUAAAUAUUGCUAAUGAACAGAUCCAGUUUUAUUUCAAUCAACAUAUCUUUGCACUUGAGCAGAUGGAAUAUCAGAGUGAGGGAAUUGAUGCUACGACAGUGGAGUAUGAGGACAACCGUCCACUUCUAGAUAUGUUCCUCCAGAAACCCAUGGGUCUUCUGUCUCUACUAGAUGAAGAAAGUCGAUUUCCUCAGGCAACAGACCUAACUUUAGUUGAUAAAUUUGAAGAUAACUUACGAUGCAAAUACUUUUGGAGACCAAAAGGAGUAGAACUGUCAUUUGGUAUUCAGCACUAUGCUGGAAAGGUAUUAUAUGAUGCCUGUGCAUUCCUUGAGAAGAACAGAGACACUCUUCCUGCUGACAUAGUGGUGGUGUUGCGAACUUCAGAGAACAAACUUCUUCAGCAGCUAUUCUCUAGCCCAUUAACAAAAACAGGUAACUUGGCACAGGCAAGAGCCAGAGUGACGGCAGCGUCUAGGUCUUUGCCUCCGCAGCUUAGUGCUGGGCGUAUCAAGUCUCCUAAAUAUCUCCUGAAGGUCGACACGAUGGAGGUGAUGCGACACCCUGAGGAAACAACUAACAUGAAGCGGCAAACUAUGGCUUCCUACUUUAGGUAUUCCCUCAUGGAUCUUUUAUCCAAAAUGGUCGUUGGACAGCCUCACUUUAUCCGCUGCAUUAAACCUAACGAUGAUCGAGAAGCACUGACAUUUUCUCAUGAGAGAGUUCUACUGCAGCUACGAUACACUGGAAUUCUGGAAACUGUCAAAAUACGUCAAAAAGGGUAUUCUCAUCGCAUCCUCUUUGAAGAGUUUGUAAAAAGGUAUUAUUACCUUGCAUUCAAGGCACAUGAGACUCCCCUUGGUAGCAGAGAAAACUGUCUUGCCAUUUUGGAGAAAUCUAAACUAGACAACUGGAUUCUUGGGAAAACCAAGGUUUUUCUAAAGUAUUACCACAUAGAGCAGUUAAAUUUGUUCCUGAGAGAAGUUAUAGGGAGGGUGGUGGUCAUGCAAGCCUAUAUCAAGGGAUGGCUUGGAGCAAGGAGGUACAAGAAAGUCAAAGAGAAAAGAGAAAAUAGUGCUGUUACCAUACAGUCAGCCUGGAGAGGAUAUGAAGCUCGCAGGAAGUACAAGGAAAUAAGGAACAGAAGAACUGAUGCUGCUAUACAUAUUCAAGCAGUUUUCAGGGGAUAUAUUGUUCGGAAAAACUACACAAGAUUGAAAAACAGUACUGGCUGUGUAGCAGAUCCUCAGCUUAUGAGCAGCUGCUCUACUUCUGAUUUUGGCUGUGAAGAGCACUGGCAGCAAACCAGUAACCAGUCUUCUCCUGUGGUGCCUGAUUUUCUUGACAAACAAACAAAAAAGGAGGAUUUGGAUGAGAUUUCUGCUUCUCCAUAUAUUCUAAAACAUUCGUUCGAAAUGAAUGAUUCACAAUCAAUUAGCCAAUCCCAGUCAGUUGCAGACCAUCGGUUGUCAAGUCCCUUGAGAUCCCAUAAAAAAGGAGGUUCAGAAAACUGUCUUGAACAGAAGCUGAGAACACCUCGUCGACGAUGUCAGCAGCCCAAAACGCUGAAUAGCCCUGAGGACAACAUGUACUAUAACCAGUUAAAUGGAACUCUAGAAUAUCAAGGGAGCAAGAGGAAGCCAAGAAAACUUGGCCAAAUCAAAGUGCUUGAUGGAGAGGAUGAGUAUUACAAAUCAUUGUCAGCUGUUGAAUCUAUCGCUGAAGAUGACAGCUUUCUCGGUUCCCCAUCUCCUCCUUCUUCAAGAGGUGUGUCUUUUGCUCAAAGCUGAACCUCACUUACUCUAUUGACUAAUACUGGUAAGGGUAUUUUCAUGCCGGUAAUCCCAUCAAGCUAACUUCGUGCACGUGUGUUUAUGUAAUAUAUUAAAAAAUACAAUUUCAGUAACUUUCACUAAAUUAGACCUGGUUUUGCAGCUGCAAAUUGUCCCGUUUAACUGUAUUUCUAUAAGCAAUUCCAGUAAAGGGGAGCAGCACUACCUGUAUCUGUUGAUGUUGGUAAAAGACACAUUUCUUUAGCAGCAAGGUUGGUUUAUACAUUUCUGACCCCUUCUUCCCUGCUCCCCCCGGCUGCUGUUCCCACCCUGUGCCAUCCCUUCUGUUGUGCUGGCACAACUGCUGGUAGAGCUGUGUGAAAAAUAAGAUCAAGGAACUGAACUGGAUUAAAAGACCUCUGUACUGAAAAUUUUUCAUUUGGGGUGAAAAUGUUUUGUAUUUCAUUAGACUGAUAUUAAAUGUCAUGCUUUAUAACUUUCUGUGCAGUGUAUGGCUUUUAACAUGACAAAAAUGUACAGAGUAAAAUUAUCUAAAAGAAUAAUCGUGUCUCAAUUUACCUUGUAAAUAUUUUUCUUCUAAAGUAUUAGUUUACCGUAAGUUUAACUUGAAGAAUUAUUCCAAAUAUAAGAAGAAAAUAAUUUGAAAGUGAACUUUUCACACACUGCUUCAUAUUGCCCUUGCGACUGAACCCAUCAUUAUGACUCGUUAUCCAUGCAAAUAUUUAAUUUCUUUCCUAACCUGUAUCUCUGGACUCUGGUGAUUCCUACAUUUCCACAGCCCUCUUGUAUGUAGCAGGAAAAAAAAAAGUCACCUGCAAAGUUUUCUACUUGCUUUUCAUUUUCUUUCCAAAGAAACAAUAUGUAACUUUCUAUGGAACGCUGCGGUGCUUUGCUAGUAACCGUUUCUGUGACAGAAGCUGGCUAUUUCAUCCUACUCUUUACUUUCUGUUUCUGAGCCACGGUUUUGAUCUGUGACAAUUCUUUGCUUCUUUUCCAUACAAGCGCCUGUCAAAAACUUUUGGAAAGAAAACGUUCACAUGUG